AUGGACAAACUUAUGAAAGAAUUUUUAGUUGAUGCCAUGGAUGCACGUCGGUAUGAUUCCAGAACUACGAUCUUCUCUCCAGAAGGUCGUCUAUAUCAAGUAGAAUAUGCAAUGGAAGCUAUAGGUCACGCUGGUACUUGUCUUGGUAUUCUUGCAUCAGAUGGAGUCUUGUUAGCCGCAGAAAGAAGGAACAUACAUAAAUUAUUAGAUGAAGUAUUUUUCUCAGAAAAGAUUUAUAAGUUGACUGAUGACAUGGCUUGUAGUGUAGCAGGUAUCACAUCAGAUGCUAAUGUUCUCACCAAUGAACUUAGACUUAUAGCACAGAGAUAUCUUCUCCAGUAUCAAGAAUCAAUUCCAUGUGAGCAGCUGGUCAGUAGCUUGUGUGAUAUGAAACAAGCAUACACCCAGUUUGGUGGUAAAAGGCCAUUUGGUGUAUCUCUACUGUACAUGGGUUGGGAUAAACAUUAUGGGUAUCAGUUGUACCAGAGUGAUCCUAGUGGUAACUAUGGUGGCUGGAAAGCCACAUGUAUAGGAAACAACAGUGCUGCUGCAGUAUCCAUGUUAAAACAAGAAUACAAAGAAGGCGAAAUGAACAUGAAAGAGUCUUUAUCUUUAGCAAUUAAAAUAUUGAAUAAAACAUUGGAUUUAACUAAACUCACUUCAGAAAAAGUUGAGAUUGCUACUUUGACGAGAGAUGGAGACAAGACUGUUAUUAGAAUUCUGGAUGCUGCAGAAGUUGAUCAAAUUAUAAAGAAAAAUGAAGCAGAAGAAGCUAAAGCAGACGCUGCUAAGAAAGAGAAAGAAAAAGAAAGGGAAAAAGAAAAAUCAAAAUAAUUGAAUUCUAGAAUUUUGUAGAAUUUCUGACUAAGUUGUACUUCAAGUAUGAUGCAUUUCUCCAUUAAUGUUAUUUCUAGUGAAUCAUUUCUGUGAAUCUUAUCACACUCAUUGUGAACAUUACCAGAUAUGGAAAUAUAUAUCUAUGCUACAUAUAUAUAUAUGCUACAACAUGGAAACAAAAUAGUAAAACACUUCUGGUUUAGUGCAAAAUGCUCCAUUAUAUUGAGACAUUGCUUUAUUUCAUAUUAAUGUUUGUAUUCAUCUGUGAUGUUUAUCUGUUAAGGAUCAUCACUUGAAUUAUAAUGGAAUAAAAUAUAUUUGCUGA